AUGACCACAAUUUGUGCUUGUUCCCAAGGACAAACACAAAUCAAUAUGGAAAGCAAGAGCUGUCAAAAAUGCAAGCAUUUUUUAUCUUUGGUCAAUUUUAGGGUGUUGAAAAAUGGUCAAACUACAAAGACAUGCAUCAAAUGCCUAGAUAAGGCGAAACAUCAGCGUGCCAAAAACAAGUGCCCCCAUCAAAGGGUGAGGGCCUAUUGUAAAGACUGCAAGGACACUCAGAUUUGUCGCCAUGGAAAACCGAGAUCCCAAUGUAAAAAGUGCGGGGGAAGUCAAAUUUGCCCCUAUCAAAGGGAGAGGGCCUAUUGUAAACAAUAA